AUGUCUUUUUCGGCCUUGCGCAGCCUUCGCCCACAGGUGCGGACCAUGUUCACUGGCGGCAUGCCUCCCGGUGGGCGCAUGCCUGGUUUCUGGGUCAGUGCUCCGAGCAUCAUCCCCGCCUUCAGAAAGGGCGAAGACAAAGUGCCUGUGGAGAUGUUCUCGAUCGAUUGCCGACCCUACAAGCCUGGGACAUGGGGUGAGAUGGAGCUUUUCGACCGCAUGCAGACGACCUAUGACCACUACGGCGUCGUCCGGCUCACCAACACAGGUCUCAAAGAUCCGGAGGCAAUGCGCAGAUAUGCACGUGCUGUGGUGAACAAGCAAAUGGCUUAUGAAGGCGGCGCCAACCCACGUGAAGGUAUCAUCCAAAACGUUUUUGAGGUAGGGGCGCCCAACGAUGCAUGGCUUCAUUACCAUCAUGAGAUGGCCUACAACCAGCACAGCAUGAAGAACCUAGCAUUCUGCAGCAUAAAGGCUACGCAGGGCAAGGGCGACACGUACCUCUCUGAGAACCUUAGCGUGACUGAUUCGCUUCUGCAGACAGACUUGGGACGAAAGCUGCGAGACAAAGGCGUCUGUUACAUCCGCUGCCUCACUGACCGUGAUGCCUAUGAGGGCCAGGGCUGGAUGGAGGGUGCAGCUGUGUACAACCACUGGCAGCUGUCCUUCGGGGCGAAGACACCCGAAGAAGCAGAGAAGAAAGCCCGAGAAUGUGGUCUUGAUGUGGAAUGGUGCGAGGAUCCUCUGAAGCCGGAGUCCAAGCGGUACAUGAAGACAAAGCUCGUGAUUUCCGCCUUCGAGUACUGCCCAUCAGUUGACCGUAACGUCCUGUACAGCAGUAUCGCGGAUCACAGUGCUUGGUUCGACACGUGGAAAGGUGUUCACGAUGUGCACCCUGACAAGCGCCCAUUGCAGAUGACGUUCGGUGACGGAACCCCGUUCACGGUGGAGGAGUUGAGGCAGUGGGUCGGCUUGUAUGAUGAUGGUGGAAUUCGUGUGCAAUGGCAACCGGGCGACAUCGUGGCCUUCUGCAAUUAUCGAUACGCGCACGGCAGGCCGGCCUUCCACCUGCACCGAUGGGAGGAGAGGCAGAUUGGAGUUGUCCUCGGGGAGAAGUUCGAGCGGGUAGGUACAAUGGACUGCAAGUGGUGA